AUGGCAGACGCCAGUGAGCAGAGGGGGACGGCCUUUGAAGCAGACGGGCAGCAGGGGGGGCUGCAAGCUUGGCUGGCCCAGCAGCUCGGCGCCGCCGAGCAUCUGGACAGGUGCACGCCGGGUCCUGGUGUGCGCACGCCUCCCGCCGUGGCCUGGCCGCCCACGGCAGGCAGCGCCGCCUUUGCACCGCCCACCGCCUCCCCCUGCCUGCUGCUGGCGGGCCAUCCCGGCGCCAGCGCACAGCCCCACCCGCUGCUGUCGGCGGCUGUCGCCGCACUGAUGCCGCUGGCUAUGGGCGGCGCUUGCAGCGCCGGCGGCGAGUCUCCGCUGCCGUCGCCACCCUCACCCGGCCUGCCCAGCCCCGGGCCCUGGCCCGCCCUAACCGAUGACAGCAGGCACAGCCUGCAGCUGCAAGCGCCGGCGGGGCAGGCGCUGAUGCAGCCGCCACAGCCCGACGGCGGCGAUGGCCUUCUGACUGAGACGGGGCCGCUGCUGCCCCUGCUGGCCGCCGCGGCCGCCGCAGGCGCCGCCGCAGACCAGGCGCCGGCCUGGCAGCCUGCCUCACGCCCAGCAGCAGCGGCGGCAGGGGCAUCGACGGCGGGGCAUGGGCCGCGGCACGCUGCCGGCCCCGCAACUGGCGGCAGGCAGGAGGUCGGGCAGCUGCCCUUCCGCCCCCACGCCACCCCCAGCAUCCGUGCGGCGAUGGCGGCGCGGCUGCCCAGCGGGCUGGCUAUCCACUACAACGGCCGUCAGGCCUUCCUGGGGCGCCUGAGCCGCCACACGGCGGCGGUGGCCGCAGACCUGGUGCUGACCUGGCAGCGCUGCUGCCUGACGGAGAAGGUGGCGCAGAAGGCCGCCGCCCGCCAGCUCAACCUGCCUGAGGCGGGGUACGAGCAGGAUGAGGCGCUGAUGAGGCAGCUGAGGGCGGUAUCCACUGCAGAGCAGAUGAAGCAGCUCAUGCAGGCCAUCCUGCCUCAGGACCAACCGCAGGCGCCCGCUCAGCGCCCGCAGCGCCGGGCGCGGCGGCAGCCCGCGCAGCCGCAGCCGCAGCCGCACCCCGGCCAGCAGAAGCCGUCGCCGCCGGCGCUGGCGCCGCCCCAGCGGCAGGAGCCUGCCGACGCGGCUGCCACGCCACCGCGCGGCGACAGCAGGCGCAAGCAGCGGGCACCGGAGCGCUCCCGCGCGCCCUCAGAUGCAUUCAACCUGGCGCCGGCCAGGAUGGUGGCGGCACCACCCGUGGCUGCACCUGCCAGGCCAGCUGCAGAGGCAGAGGGGCAUGAUGAGGCAGAUGCCCUGCACCAGCCCACGGCCAAGCGCCCUAAAACCCGCAUGCCCGACGCGGCCGCGGCGCCGCCCGCCGCAGACAGACCACCUGCCGAGUGA